GGAAGUGUUAAUCAGAUGAUCGUUGGCCCCGCCCACUGUUUACUGUCAGCGUGUUAUGAUUGAAUCUUUUUUUUUUAACAAUUAAAAAAAUAACAUAUUUAUUUUCGUAACAAACGCUUUGGCAGCUUGACGAGCACAUUUAACAGUUAUUUAAUUCGGAUUAAAUGACGGAUUCGGAUUAAGCAGUUUAAAGCAGUUUUAAUGGCGUCUUCAGCGACGCUCGGUGAGUUCAUGCGCUGUCUCAGUGAAAUGGGUUUCACUGAGCAUCAGAUUCAGGCUGCAGUUCAGGCUGGCUGUUUCUCUGUACCAGAAGCAGCUGAAUGGAUUGUGCGGGCUGGCAGUCCGAGACACACACUAAUGCCACGUUCCGGACCAGUUACAAGUGCUAUUGCUGCAUUUAACCCUCCUAAAGAUGCUCAAGGAGCUCAGACGGAGGGAAAAGGUGCUGAUUUGGUGCUGCAUCAUCCUGCAGCAGAAACCGAACCUGUAAAGUCUCGAAUAAAGCAAAACAAUGACUUUCUCGCUCAGGAGAGACAGAGAGCAGCAGAACAUGCCCGGGCCGAGAAGAGACAAAACACACAGGAGCGAGAGUUAAUCUUGAAAAGAAUAGCAGAAGAUCGCCGUGCUCAGCAGGAGAAACACACCAUCACUCCAACUGUCAGUGAACGAGAGAAACCGAGUGAACGAGUGCAGAGCGGCGCAGACAGCAAUUGCAUUCUAAUGAUCCGUCUCCCCUCCGGCGAGUCUUUGCGUGUGUGUUUUCCAGCAGAUGCUCCUCUCCGGGAUGUCGUUGACCAUGUCACUUCCCUCCAGCCGUCUCUUCCCUCAUUCACACUUUUUCAUGGUUUUCCUCGUCGGCGCUUCAGUGAUGAUGACAUGUCACUGUCACUGCGCUGUCUCGGUUUAACACCGAACGCUGCACUCGUCCUUCAGGCCAUCACUCCUCCUGAUCCCUCCAUCCCCGCUGCUGUCCAUGAUCCUGAGCCACCUCGCAUUGACCCUCCUGCCCAGCAGGGGGCAGAUGUUUUACCACAACCUGUAGCUCCACCCCAGUUUCAACAACUACGCUGGGAAGACAUGGUGCAUGCUGGGAUUGCUGAACCUCGUCACCGCUGGGGCCGUGGACAGAGACUGGUGCCAGGAGAAGAAGGUGAUGAUGAUGAUGCUGGUGCUGAUGAAGAACAGCCACUGGUAGAUAUUAAUGCUGUACCUCGCCUUCCUUUCUUUAAUGAGCUCAGAGAUCAGGAUCAGCAUUACUGGCCGAACCAGGGAAACAGACUCGGUGAUCCAGAUGCCUCAGUAGAUCCAGCAGAGGGCAGAGUUUUACCCGGUGAGGCAGCAUUACAGCGUUUACAGAGAAAUGAUCAACAGCAACAUCACCACACCGAGUCUCUGGCUCCCCACAAGAAACCCUGCAGUGUGCCCAAACUUGUUACCAUGGCAACACGCGCUGCCAUCUCCCUCACCAGCGCUCCUUAUAUGCAGUUCGUCAGCAGUUUUUCAUGUUUGACCCCAGAGCUGGCUGAGCGUCUGUUGGGUCACAUGACCUCAGAUCGCCUGCUGAACCCUCGAACUCUUCAGCUCUUCAUUGGCUGCUCGCUUCGGAAGCUAACUUUAAACAGCUACCCAUACACCACCAACACACUGCUGCAGCAACUCAGCACAUUUACACACCUCACACACCUCAGCUUGGUCAACUCCCCACUAAUCACUGAUUGUGGGCUGUCUGUGCUGUGUAAAUUGGUGAAGCUGCAGUAUCUGAAUCUCUCGGCCUGCUCUAAACUUACUGACGGCUGUUUACACCACAUGACACCUCUCAGAUCCUUGUGUGUGUUGAUUCUGGAUCACACUAAAGUGAGUGAUGCCGGUCUGCUGGUCUUCCUUCAGUCAUCUCCUCCUGCACUUGUUCACCUGAGUUUAAACCAAACAGCUGUUACGGAGGAAACGCUAACUGCACUGCGUGUGUGUGUACCACAGCUGCGUCUGCUCAGCAUCACACACACCAGGGUGUGUGACGUGUCUGCUCUGGCCAGUCUGCACGAUCUACAGACUCUUCACCUUGACUUCACUCAGGUUAAAGAAGAAUCCUUGCAGUGUCUUUCAGCGCACCGCAAUCUAUCAUCACUCAGUCUUCACGGUGUUCCUGUCAGUAGCGGUGAUCACACACUCGAGAUCAUCUCAGGGCUGAAUCUGACUCAAUUAACACUUCCUGGUCGUCACUCAGUGACUGAUGCUGGACUUUUCUUCCUCUGCGCACACACUCUGCUGUCUGAACUCGACCUUAGCGACUAUACACACAUUACUGACCAGGGCAUCACACACUUGGGAAAACUGCCUCGGCUGAAGAAGCUUUCAUUGAGUAACACUCCCCUCACUGAUGCGGGCUUAUCAGCUCUGUCCACUCUCACUCUGCUGAUGGAUGUGUGUCUAAACCGAACAGCCGUGACGAGCCGUGGAGUCACUGAGUUCAUCACACGCCUGCCUUACCUACAGGUUCUUGGUUUGUCUUGCACGCAGGUGGGAGAUUCGGUACUGAAAGCUUUAAUUCGUUGCACUGAACUGAUCAAACUGAACCUGAGCAAUACGCGCAUCACCGAUCGGGGAUUAAAGUUUCUUCACGGUAUGAAACUGAGUCAGGUAAAUCUGGACAGUACCGGUGUGACUGCAGGGGGCGUGGCCAACCUGAUCUCCGCCUCUCCUCACCUGAUCAACAUCCGUGCCAAUAACACGCGGCCGCUCCCUGCUGAACAACAAAGCGAUGAUGAUGGUGGUACUGAUGAAGAUCGGCCAUUACAUUGAGACAGCACUGAACAGGCUAUUAUGCACACACACAUUUCCUAGAGAUUUUCAUUACAAGCAAAGCCAUUAUUCAGUUGCUCUUUCUUGCUUCUGCAAUUAUCACAUCUUAAUCUUGUACUUAAUAACAUAGUAAUAGUUUCAAUAGUUUCAAUCAAGAUAGCUUUACAAAUAAAAAACAAAUAAAUGCAAUAAUGUAAUAAUGCUUUUAUUAAUUAAACCAGUUAGCUUUGGUUAGCUUUGGUCUGGUUUUGGUUUUGGCUAGGAGGCUUUGGCUGAAAGUAAGGGUUUCAUCACCCAAGAAAUUCAAACCCAGGUUGAUUUACCUUUUUUUUUUAUAAAUUUUUUGCAUUAAUAAUGCUAUUUUUGCAAAAGCAAAUUAAAGAAAAUAAACUGUAGGGGAUAAUGUAAGCAGUUGUACUGAUAAAAUACUGGAAACAUACUUAUUUGCAAAUUUACCAAAAGUAGUUACAUAUAACAUUUUACUAAAUAAAGUGUGUAACUACAGCGUUUAUCAAUCAGACAUUAUUAUUAUUAUUAUUAGUAACAAUAUUAUUAUGUAUAAGUUGUGCCAUAUCAUUCAGAAUUACAAAAUUAGGUAAAUCAGAACAAUUUUCAAGAAUCAGACCAAGAAUCAGUGUUUUUAUGCAGUACUAAAUUAUUUAAGACUGUUAAGCUUGACACUGCAAAAUAUAACUCAAUAAAAAUAUAUAUUUUUAGAUAUUGUUUGUAUUUUGUAAUAGUUUUGUAUGAGAUCAUUAAAAAGAUAACAAGUUAUUACAAAUUGUAACUGUUGCUUACUGUACAGUACAAAUGAAUGAUUUUUUUUUUUUUUAAAUAACGGGCAUAUCUCCUGAGUGAUGUAGCCAUCUAUUCAUCUAGUUUUAAUCCUGCUGGGAGUACAGACACUUUAGUAAAUUGAGCCUCGAGCUCAAUGAAAGCAAAAGAGGCAGAUUUGCACUUAAGCAGAAUUUUUGAUUUGUAGCUCUUUCAUGUCAUGCUCAUGAACAAUAAACUAAUGUGUUCCCCCAAAUGCCCCAGUUUUCGUUUAUGCAGACAUUUUUGCAGCUUCUGAAGAACUGAGCAGUUAACGGAAGAUCAUUUGUUUCUCUGAAGAGGAAGACAAAAAGGAUGUUGGCCAUGUAAAGAUUACCCAGCAUAAUACCACAGUAGGAGUGUUAAUGAACAUGUACAGCAUGAUAUGUUUCAUAACCACAUGUUGUGGUCAGAAACUGACACUAAUCAAGAGUAGAAGAUGAUUAACACACGCUGUGGAUGGAAAAACAACUUUUAGUCUCUAACCGUACACUUAGAAGCUGCACCAACAAGUCAGAUGAGUCUAAUGUA